AGGGCGCCAGAAAAACCGAGUGAUAUACGGAUUUAUGACAAUAUCGGAAUUACGAAAGCUCUACAGCAGACGCAGGAAUAGUUGAGAUACCGCUGGCAUUCCCUUUUCAAACUAUAUAAGACGGAGUGGAUGACGCUCAGGGCAUUUCUUCCAAACCUUCAGGAUUUAGGCGACUUCUUGGAUGUGAUGGUAUUUUUUAGAUUAACGCGGGUUGCUCUUUCUGGAUAACGUUUGGUUUGUCUGCUGUAAAGCUUAGUUUAGUCCGGUUUUUCUUUUUUUUGUCAGUUUUUUUUGUUUUUUACAUAUUUAAACUAAAAGUAAACUAAUCAAUAUUAGAACAUAUAUUUUUGUUUCACUUUUUUUUAUUCUCAGAGGAUCGUUUGAAUUUUUUUUAGGAUUGAAUUUUUUAAACAGGAAUUAUGAUACUCAGGACUUUUCACAUUUUUCUACCAAUGCUGUUACUGUGCACGGCAGCUGUGCCUCAAGGCGACCAAGAGGAUGACGAAUCCACUUUUAAUUUGUUUGAGAUCAGCAACAUUACCAGGAAGACAAUUGGUGCUAAAGUCUUCAAGGGACAUGAUUGGGAUUCUCCAGCGUAUCGCUUCAUCCGCUUUGACCACAUUCCUCCAGUCAGCUCUCACAUACUCCAGCAGCUCUUAAGACAGAUCCAGAUCAAUGACGGCUUUGUGUUUGUGGCUUCCAUACGUCAGGACCGGUCUUCUCGUGGCACCCUUGUAGGCUUAGAAGAUUCCGGUGGCCGUCGACAUUUUGAGAUCAUCUCUAAUGGCCGUGCCAACAGUCUGGACUUAGUCUACUGGGUGGAUGGAUCCCAGAAUGUUGUGUCCUUUGAGGAUGUGGAUCUAUCAGACUCACAGUGGAAAAACAUCACUUUGCAUGUGUGUGGAGAGAAUGCCAAUCUCUACGUGGACUGCAGCCUCAUUGAUAGCUUUACCCUGGAUGGGUCUUUUUAUGAGCAAUUGCAAACCGAGGGCAGUCGCAUGUAUGUGGCCAAGGGAUCUAACAGGGAGAGCCACUUCAGGGGUUUGCUGCAGAAUGUUUAUUUCAUUUUUGACACCCACAUCGAAGAUAUUCUGAGAAAAAGAGGCUGUGAGAUUUCCAAGCCUGAUGAUGUGCAGACAGUUAGCGAGGUUGAAGACAUCGUGGAAGUCAGUUCGGCCAUCUCCACCAACUAUAUACGACAAAAUAUGGGGAAAGCGGACAUGUGUGAGCAUUCCUGCGAGCAGCUCAGCACCAUGUUGCAAGAGCUCAAAGGUCUCCGCAUAUUGGUUGGAAACCUAAUGGAUGGCCUACAGAAAGUGAAUGAGGAAAACACAGUCAUGAAGAAAACUCUGGGCAACAUUAUGAAUAUCAAACACAACCAUAUGUGCUGGCAAGAUGGCCGCUUGUUCGAGGAUAAAGAAGACUGGGUGGUGGAUAGCUGCACCAAAUGCACUUGUCUGGAGUCGAAGAUUGUGUGUCACCAGAUAACUUGUCCUCCUGUGGCCUGUGCAAGUCCAGUUUUCCUGGAUGGAGAGUGCUGCCCCAUGUGUCUGCCUAAGGACAGUGAAGAUGGCUGGUCACCCUGGUCUGAGUGGACAGAAUGCACAGUCACAUGUGGGACGGGAACCCAGCAGAGAGGCAGGUCGUGUGAUGCAACCAGCAAUCCAUGUAGCGGUCCUUCUAUCCAGACACGCACAUGUAGCUUGUCUAAAUGUGACAGCAGAGUUCGUCAGGAUGGAGGUUGGAGUCUUUGGUCUCCUUGGUCCUCCUGUUCAGUAACAUGUGGUGAAGGCCAGAUUACCAGAAUACGCCACUGCAACUCGCCAGUGCCCCAGUUGGGUGGGAAGGACUGUGAAGGAAGUGGCAGAGAGACUCAACAUUGUGAUGCCAAGCCCUGUCCUAUUGAUGGAAAAUGGGGCCCAUGGUCCCCUUGGGCUAUAUGCUCAGUGACAUGUGGUGGAGGAGUGCGGACUCGAAUGCGUGUGUGUAACAGCCCUAAGCCACAGCAUGGUGGAAAAUGGUGCGCAGGAGAAGCUGAAAACACAGGGACGUGCAACAAGCAAGACUGCCCUGAAGAUGGCUGUCUGUCCAAUCCCUGCUUUGGAGGGGCGGAAUGCACUAGCACACCUGACGGCUCGUGGGAGUGUGGUCCCUGUCCUGACGGUUUUCAAGGCAAUGGAACAUUUUGUGAGGAUGUCAAUGAGUGUGAUAUGGUGCCUGAUGUGUGCUUUAAAGUCAGUGGGAAACAGCGCUGCAUGAACACUGACCCAGGAUUCCAUUGCCUUCCAUGUCCUCCACGUUACAAAGGGAAUCAGCCAUUUGGCAUGGGAGUAGAAGUAGCCAGGAACAAUAAGCAGAUUUGUGAACCUGAGAACCCUUGCAAGGACAAGACUCAUAGUUGUCAUAGGUUUGCUGAGUGCAUCUACCUGAGCCAUUUCAGUGACCCUAUGUAUAAAUGUCAGUGUAAGAUUGGCUAUGCUGGAGAUGGCUUUAUCUGUGGAGAAGAUUCUGAUCUGGAUGGUUGGCCCAAUCAUAACUUAGUGUGUAGAGCUAAUGCCACCUACCACUGCAAGAAGGAUAAUUGUCCCAGUCUUCCUAAUUCUGGCCAGGAGGACUUUGACAAGGAUGGCCAAGGAGAUGCAUGCGACAAAGAUGAUGACAACGAUGGAAUUAUGGACGAGAGAGACAACUGCCCUCUGCUGUUUAAUCCCAGGCAGUUUGAUUAUGAUAAGGAUGAUGUAGGUGAUCGGUGUGACAACUGCCCCAAUGCACACAAUCCAGCUCAAAUAGAUACCGAUAACAAUGGGGAAGGAGAUGCAUGUGCUGUGGACAUUGAUGGUGAUGGCAUCCUGAAUAAAAAUGACAACUGCCCUUAUGCAUACAACAGUGACCAAAAGGACAGUGACAAGGACGGAGUGGGAGACCAGUGUGACAACUGUCCCCUGCUUCAUAAUCCUGAUCAGACUGAUACGGAUAAUGAUCUUGUAGGAGAUCAGUGUGACAACAACCACGAUAUCGAUGAGGACGGCCAUCAGAACAACUUGGACAAUUGCCCUUACGUUCCUAAUGCCAACCAGGCAGAUCAAGACAAGGAUGGGAUUGGAGAUGCUUGUGACUCUGAUGACGAUAAUGAUGGAAUUCCUGAUGACAAAGACAACUGCAGGCUGGUAGCCAACGAAGAUCAGACGGACUCAAAUGGUGAUGGUCGAGGUGAUGUCUGCCAGGACGAUUUUGAUAAUGACAGCAUCCCUGACAUUUUGGACAUGUGCCCAGAGAACAGCGCAAUAAGUUUUACCGACUUCCGAAAGUUCCAGAUGGUGCAUUUGGAUCCUAAAGGGACCACUCAAAUUGAUCCCAAUUGGGUAGUUAGGCAUCAGGGCAAGGAACUGGUCCAGACUGCCAAUUCAGACCCUGGAAUUGCAGUUGGUUAUGAUGAGUUCAGUGCUGUAGACUUCAGCGGCACGUUUUAUGUGAACACGGACAGAGAUGAUGACUACGCUGGCUUUGUGUUCGGUUACCAGUCAAGCGGGCGCUUCUACGUGGUUAUGUGGAAGCAGAUUACCCAAACAUACUGGGAGGAGAAGCCAUCAAAGGCAUUUGGAAUCUCAGGUGUCUCCCUCAAAGUGGUUAACUCCACCACAGGCACUGGGGAAAAUUUGCGCAAUGCCCUAUGGCACACCGGGGACACCCCUGGUCAGGUUCGAACUCUGUGGCAUGACCCUAAGAACAUUGGUUGGAAGGACUAUACUGCAUAUAGGUGGCAUCUCAUUCAUAGACCUAAGACUGGAUUGAUAAGAGUGGUAGUAUAUGAGGGGAAACAGAUCAUGGCAGACUCAGGACUAGUCUAUGAUAAGUCGUUUGCAGGAGGGCGACUGGGGUUGUUCGUCUUCUCGCAGGAACUGGUUUACUUUUCCGACCUUAAAUAUGAAUGUCGUGAUGUGUGAGGACAUGCAGACUAAGGAUUCUUUUCCAGCUUGAUGAAAUGCCUGUGUUUGUAGCAGAGUAGACCUGAUCAAAAGAGGUAAAGUAAAACAAAAUGUGAUAGAAUCAAAACCCACACAGGACAUGGAUGGAAAACUGUACCACUUCUAUCACCUUUUACAAUUUUCUGGAAAAAUCUGUAUUCUUCUUCACACCAGCACAGAUCUGUUUUUAUGUGUUAUAUGUCCAUUAUUUUUCACCUGUUUGCCACUGAAAUUACAUGUAGACCUAUUAUCUUUUUUUUUCAUUAAAAUAGUUUGUAGGCCAAUAGCAUUUCUGAAUUUUCUUCCUACAUUGUAUUCACAAUCUGUACUAUUUAAUUAUCCAUUAACUAGUCAUCCAACAAGGGUUUUAUAUGUUUUUGAGUCAGAUAACUCCUUGUAAAAUUUUGAAUAAUUUAGUAGAUUAUAUAAAUGCAAUAGAUUGCCCUUUUGAAUUUAAAUGUGACUGAAAUGUUAGGAUUUCUCUUUUUUGUGUGUGUUGUAUUUUUGUGAUUUCUAUUUUGAUUUCUAUUUUUUUUUUUAGUUUGUGGUUUAGUUUGUAGUUUGCAUUGUUUAUUCUGUAAUUUUGGGAACAAUAACUGAGUGCUUUUUUGCCAUGGAGAUGUUAAUAUUAAGAUUAAAUUUUUUUCUGUAAAUUAUUUAUGUGUCAAUUUUCACCAGAAUGUGUCUAAAUGUUGCUUUCAACACAAGGAGAUUGUAUAUAAUUAUUAUUUAUUUGUUUACACCGACUACAGACAGAAGUUUAUAUAGCAACUAUUUUUUCUGUCUUUCUCAUCUGCAUUAAACGAUUCUAUGUACACA